AUGGAUGUGGCGGAAAGUGCGAGUUGUCAGCCCACAAAUAUUGUCGGUUGUCCGAUGAACACGAAGGCGUUGGUGGGUGCGGACGGAAGUACGAGUUGUUCUGCGGAUGUGAGUCACUAAUUGUAGACUGCAAGGCCAAAGAUGAUUUGAGACGGACUGCCCGACUAACGGAUAUUGUAGAAAGCGUUUUGACGGCGGUGGAAACUGUUGUCGGACGGCUGUCUACGGUGGGUUUUAAGAGUGUUCCGGGUAAAUGCAACUUCUCGAAUUUCAGACAAACUCGAAUCGGACUACAAUCCGAAAUGCGCGGCCGGCCGAGUCCCUGUGCAAAUCGACGAUAGUCUGUUAAUCGGAAAGAACUGCAAAUCCAACUUCUGUCCGACAGGCGCCACUUGCAUAAAAGGCAACUAUUUUGCAGCGUGUUGCAAAAAAAAGUGA